UUUAAAGUAGGAGUCUCAGAAGAUCGUAAUCGGAAAUGUAGAAGGACUAUGGAAGAUUCUCAUUCGUUUCUUUAUAGUUUUGGUGAUGUUGAAGGUCAAGGGUAUUUUGCUGUCUUUGAUGGUCAUGCUGGUAAACAUGCUGCUGAAUGGUGUGGUCAAUGGUUUCAUGAGUAUUUUUUACAACAAUUGAUUCAAUCUUCAAAAACUACACCAGUACCUGAUCUCUUAAACUCAACCUUUCACAUAGUUGACACAAAACUAUCACAACUAGCAGCCGAAGAUGGAACUCAUUCAGGUUGUACAGCCGUGACAGCCUUUUUAAGAUUAGAAAAUGAAGAAGGAGAACCGUGUGGAGGAGUAGGAGCAGGAGUGACUGUUAAACGUACUCUUUAUACUGCCAACGUUGGGGAUGCUAGAGCGGUUCUUUGUCGUGGUGGAACGGCUGUUCGAUUGACGUAUGAUCAUAAAGGAUCAGAUCAACAAGAAGCACAAAGGAUCAUGGCAGCUGGAGGGUUUGUGAUGAACAAUCGAGUGAAUGGUGUUUUGGCCGUCACAAGAUCGUUGGGUGAUUCUUCUAUGAAAGAGUUUGUCGUUGGAUCACCUUAUACUACUGAAACUACAUUAGGUGAUGAUGAUGAGUUUUUGAUUAUUGCAUGUGAUAGAUUAUGGGAUGUUUGUGAAGAUCAAGAUGCAGUGAAUUUGAUUAGAAAAGUUAAAGAUCCACAAGAAGCAAGUCGAGUGUUACUUGAUCAUGCUCUUUCACAAUUUUCAACUGAUAAUUUGAGUGUUUUGGUGGUUGCUUUAAAACCGAUUUCGUUUUAUGAUGUUUAA